CCUCGUUUGGUUGUUCACCAUAACCAAACGUUAGGGUUUUCAUCAUUUCUCUCUCUCCUCUCUGUCCUAAAUCCUCAAAAGCUUCGACCACGCAGAGAGAGAGAGAGAGAGAGAGCGACGCGCGCAGCAAGGGCCGCGCAAUGUCGGACCAGACGCAGCCGCCGGUCGACCAGCUCGCCGCCGCCUCCCUCUCCGACGCCGUCCCCAAGCACGACUUCUCCGACCGGGUCCCGAUCCGCUCCAUCCUCGCCCGCCCCGACGGCGGCUCCGGUCUCGCCGGCCGGCGGGCCCGCGUCGGCGGCUGGGUCAAGACCGGCCGGAAGCAGGGGAGCGGCUCCUUCGCGUUCCUCGAGGUGAACGACGGCUCGUGCCCGAUGAACCUCCAGGUCAUCGUCGACUCGGCCGUGGCCGAUCUCGGCCUGCUCGUGCCGACCGGCACGUGCGUGGCCCUCGAGGGCGUGCUCAAGGUCCCCCCCGAGGGGACGAAGCAGAAGAUUGAGCUCCGGGUCGAGGAGGUCGUCCACGUCGGCCCCGUCGACCCGGCCAAGUACCCGCUGCCGAAGACUAAGCUCACGCUCGAGUUCCUGAGGGACGUCGUGCAUCUGAGGCCGAAGACCAACACGAUUUCUGCCGUGGCUCGGAUCCGUAAUGCGUUGGCUUAUGCGACUCACACAUUCUUCCAAAAGCAUGGUUUUCUCUAUAUACACACUCCAAUUAUCACCACUAGUGACUGCGAGGGUGCAGGUGAAAUGUUUCAAGUAACAACUCUGAUAAGUGAGGCUGAGAGGGUGGAGAAGGAGCUGAUCAAGAACCCUCCUCCAUCUGAAGCGGAAAUUGAAGCUGCUAAGCUUCUUGUAAAAGAGAAGGGAGAGGUAGUUGCACAGCUGAAAUCUGCUAAAGCUAGUAAGGCGGAUAUCACAGCAUCUGUGGCUGUGCUAACAAAGGCCAAAGAGAACCUCUCAAGGCUGGAAGAGAGAUUCAAACUAAAACCUGGUAUCCCACAAAAGGAUGGAAAGAUAGAUUAUGACCACGAUUUUUUCGCCCGUCAAGCAUUCUUGACUGUUUCUGGACAAUUACAAGUGGAGACUUAUGCAUGUGCUGUUAGUAGCGUUUACACAUUUGGUCCGACUUUCCGUGCUGAGAACUCUCAUACAUCGAGGCAUUUGGCAGAAUUUUGGAUGGUGGAGCCUGAAAUAGCUUUUGCAGAUCUGAAGGAUGACAUGAACUGUGCAGAGGCAUAUGUGAAGUUUUUAUGUAACUGGUUACUGGACAACUGCCUUGAUGAUAUGGACUUCAUGGCCAAGAAUUUUGACAAAACUUGCAUUGAUCGUCUAAGAACAGUUGCUUCAACCCCCUUUGAGCGUAUCUCUUACACUGAAGCUGUGGAGCUAUUAGUGGAGGCCGUGAAGGGUGGUAAACAAUUUGAGAAUAAGGUGGAAUGGGGCAUCGAUUUAGCAUCUGAGCAUGAAAGAUACUUGACAGAGGUGAAAUUCCAGAAGCCCGUUAUUGUGUACAAUUACCCGAAAGGAAUUAAAGCAUUCUAUAUGAGGCUCAAUGAUGACUCAAAGACAGUCGCAGCCAUGGAUGUUCUCGUACCAAAGGUAGGAGAGUUAAUUGGCGGAAGCCAAAGGGAAGAGCGCUAUGAGGUUAUUCGUGAUAGGAUACUUGAGAUGGGGCUGCCCCUGGAUCCCUACGAAUGGUAUCUUGACCUGCGGCGAUAUGGGACUGUCAAACAUUGCGGAUUUGGUUUGGGCUUUGAACGGAUGAUUCUAUUCGCUACUGGUAUCGACAACAUUAGGGAUGUCAUCCCAUUCCCAAGGUACCCGGGAAGAGCGGAUCUAUGAGGACACACGCAGGGUAGCAGACCCAUGAGCCGAUACACUCUGAUUACUGAAACUUAUUAUUUGCUUCUCUCAUUUGAGAAAAAGUAAUGCAACCUUAGCUUACGUUUUUCUACUUUUCCAAUAGUGGCUGAGUUUCUUUCUAGAUGGCAUUGCACACUGAAAUUACUGUGGAGUUGUUCUCUGCUAUGCAAACAUUUCCUCUUGGGUAUGUUUUGAUAAGUUGGUGUUUUCACACUAGUA